CAAAUCGGUCUUGCCCCUACUGGAGAGCGGACAGCAGCGUUUGGUUUCCCUGACAGCAGGAGGAGGAGCUUCUCUUUACUCGCUCUGCCACAUAGACACAAACACACAGCCGUCUGCGCUAACGGUGGUAGCGGUGUAAACAGGCCCUGUGGCCAUGGCUAAAGACCCAUUAGCUGAGGCAGGCUUUUAUUUUGAUGAACUCAACAAGCUGCGGGUCCUGGAGCCUGAUGUCAGCCAGAAGACUUCUGAGCUCAAGGAUGAGUGUAAAGACUUUGUGGACAAAAUUGGCCAGUUUCAGAAGAUAGUGGGUGGUCUAAUAGAGCUAGUGGAUGAAUUGGCAAAAGAAGCAGAGACGGAAAAGAUGAAGGCAAUUGGAGCCAGAAACCUGCUGAAGUCGGUGGCAAAACAAAGAGAGGCACAACAGCAGCAGCUUCAGGCUCUCAUAGCUGAGAAGAAGAUGCAGCUGGAGAGAUAUCGUAUCGAGUAUGAAGCCCUGUCUAAAGUGGAAUCGGAGCAGAACGAGUUCAUCGAUCAGUUCAUUCUGCAGAAGUGAAGAGAACGCAACACAACUUUUCCAGAGUGCCUGUCCUGUUUUCUCUGGCUGAUCAGAGAAAUACUCUGCUGCAACUCUUUUUCUGAAGCAAUCCCAAAGCUCCAGUUUCAUCCACUCGUCCUCCUCUUUACGCCUGUUUCUCAGACAUGCCUGUGUGUGAAACAACAGCCAGCUGCCGACUGUAGCUCUUCCACUGUGGUCAGCAGGUGUGAGGACUCAGUGCUGUAAGCUUGAACACAGCUGGAACUUUAUGUUCUGUUCACACCAAAUGUCUCAACAUCUCAGACCAACAUGAAAGAAUAUGGAGCUAUUUAUACAAACAAAAUCUAUUUAUACUAUUUAUACUAAAAAUACUCUGUAUAUCUAGUUUUAUUACUUUUUUUAUCCAUUGAAAUAAACACUGCAUGUGCAUGCAUUUGAAAAGAAGUUUUAGUUACAGGAAAAAUGAGCAGAUCAGGAUGUUCCUUGUUGUUAUUCCGUUCUGCUGGUACAACCAGUCUGUGGGCACAGCACAUCAGAAACAUGCUCCUCUUUCUCAGAUUAAUGUUUUUUCUGUUAUGUAUAAUGGUUUUACUUGAAAACUGUAUAUUGCACAAAAGUUUGAGUUUUGCUGUCCAGAUGUAGGAGAGAUGAGUGUGCAAGUUUAACAUUGUGCUAUUGAGUAUUGUUUUAAUAAAGACGACUUGAUAUCCA